ACUUUGAUACUCCACAACUUUCUCUUUGCAGACCUCGUUCGCUCACCACCACCGCUGCAUACAACACAAUAGAUCCGUCCUAUUCCGUCGUGAAAAAAAUAAACAGAACUUUUAGAGAGCUUCGCAGACUCGGUCAAGCAACAAUCAGCACACACACCGAGCGACAAGAUGCAGAUAAGAAGUUCUUCGCCAAUCAGGACACUAUACCUGAAAUGGCGCGCUCUUCGCAACGUGCCGUUCCGGAAGAAAUUCCUUGUUGGUAUGGAUUUGGAGGAAAAUACGUUCUGGGAGUUUGUGAAUCUGAAUAAUCCCGGGAGAACGCGGCGGAUGGUGGAAUUGCUUGGAUCGAAGAAGGAUUAUAUCGACUACAAACUACCACCGCAAUGGAGCCAAUGGCUCCGCCACGUCCGCAAAGAUCCGCCGUCGAUAGAAGAGCUCGAAUCCGAGCAAGUGCGGCUGGCGACCAUGAAAGCGCGCGUCGCGGCCGCGCAGCAGAAAUGGGCCGCCAUCCCGCUUAAAGAGGAGGCGGUCGCGCAGGGUUCGGUGUCGCCGCAGGGCAUGCCAGGUACGAACUCGACGAUCGAUCCGAGUCGGUUCGCCGGGGUUGCGGGGACGAAGCAGGCGGCUGCGCCGAAGGCGAAGGAGAGUAGACGGCCGAAGAAGGCGGAGGCGGAGAAGGAGAGUGAGAGCGAGACAAAGACAGAUGAUGCAUUUCAGCCUAGUGCAUGGCAUAGCAAGCCUGUCAGCAGAAGAUAACUCUGAGUGGAUAACAAGCAGCAUUUUGAUCCUAUAGAAGCCGCUACAUGGCUUGGACACCGUGCAUUUCUGCCAUCAACCAAGGUAGAGCAAACAGACGAUACCUGCAUGCAGACACGACUAUAACCAAACAAGACUGGCAGUGGAUAUACUGUCUACAUCACGUUUAUUCCAAUCUACUAAAGCGGACACCUAUGUACAUACAAUCAAUUUUUCUCUGAUAAAUUUCUAAUAUGAAUGGAUGCCGUAAGAGGGAGUUUAUGGCAUGGCAAUUGCAGGGGGUUACCUCCGACUCCCAUAAGAGCAUCCGGGUAGUCUGAGUAGGCUAUUUGAAAGAAAACAAAC